UGUGUCCAGUCGGUGCUCCUGAGUCCGUGGGUGUCCACGAUCUGUCCACCAGCGCAUCCGAUCGUGCUCGAUAAUAUGUGCGUCUAUAUCGAAUUGUGUAUUUGCCAGAGAGUAUUUGCCAAAAAUUUCAAUUUCGCUUGCACCUAGAGAAAGACAUUGAAAAAGUGGAGUGAUCGGUUAGUGGCUGGGUUCGAUCAUGAGCUACCUAUCGCUACCACGUGUUCUGAGCAAGUUCGGCUCCCAGAACCACAGUCCGUCUAACCAAAGUUCGAAAACCAAUAGCCUAACCAGAUCCAGUACGCGCACUGUAUGCGACGAGAUCAGACUGCCGCGCAAGGCAUCCUCCACCCAGUCGCUCAACAAGCCAUUCGAGCGACGGAUGAGCAUACUGAAUCGGAAUGGAAGCAUUUCCAGUCGACACUUCCGUGGUGUCCACAAGCAUUUACUCGAUUCCCACGCCAAGGCGGUCUGCCAUUCGAUGACCGUCACAGAUCUGUAUGAAGAGAUAUUAUUUGAAAUUUUCAACAACAUUGGCUGUGAAAACAACGAAGAGUGCACAAACAGCUUGGUCGAAUUUGUGCAGGAUGCAUUCAAAAUUCCGAACGCCACUCAUGAGGAAAUUUAUGAGGCGGCGCGUCUGAAAGAACCGCCCAAUGUUAGACUAAAUGUCGAGAUUAUAAAGGCCGAGAACCUUAUGUCCAAGGACUCAAACGGCUUGUCCGAUCCGUUUGUUACCCUGUACUUGGAAUCGAAUGGCUCCCAUCGAUACAACUCAUCGGUCAAGCCUGCCACAUUGAAUCCCAUAUGGGAGGAGCACUUUUCACUGCCAAUUACUGAAAAUGCUCGGGACGAAGUUCUUAUCGUUGAAGUGUGGGACUUUGAUGCUGCGGAAACCGUCAAGGAAAAAGUCAACAAAAUCCUGGAUGUUAAGGGGGUCAAAGGACUUAGCAAGCUGAUGAAGGAAAUAGCUGUAACAGCUUCCUCCGGAAAACAUGAUAAUGAAUUGAUUGGCAGAGCUGCAAUCACAUUGAAAUCUAUUCCCGUUUCCGGCCUCACCGUUUGGUAUAACCUAGAAAAGGGAAGCAAGGGACGCAGUCGAGGAUCACUUCUGGUUAAUCUGGCCUUGAGUGCGGAAAAGAACAAAAGUGUCGCCGUGCAGGAGCACAAGAACCUACUGAAACUGCUCCUGAUGUACGAGCUGGAAACAUCGCAGGUGGCCAACUACUGGUGGAGCGGCAAGUUCAGUCCCAAUGCCGAACUCAUUCGAUCCCAGCAUGCUGCCCAGAGUGGUUUAACUCCAUUCGACUGUGCGCUAAGCCAGUGGCACGCAUACAGCACCAUCCAUGAGACGCACAAACUCAAUUUCACACUCUUUAAUUCUAUUCUGGACGUGGUGGUGCCAGUGAUCACCUACAUGCAGAACGAUUCCGAGGAUGUGAAAACAUUCUGGGAUGGCGUGAGACGGCUGCUUCCCUCGUGCUUCGCAGUGCUAAGGAAACUAAGAUCCAAAAACACCAGUGAUAAAAACAUAAUUAGAGCCCUGAACGAAGUGCUGGAUAUUCUAAAGAAGAUUAAGGAGCUGGAAGUGCCGGAGAAUGUGGACAUAUUCCCCAAAUCGGUGUAUGGUUGGCUACACACAAACGACACUGGUGAAACGUGCAAUAUUGACACUGCCAUUGAGGAUGCAAUCAACACGGGCACAAGGGAAUGGCUGGAGCACAUAGUGGAGGGCAGCAGGCAAUCUAAGAACACCGAAACCGAUGACGAAAAGCUGCAGUACGUCAUUAAACUGAUACAAAUGGUGCGGUCUGACCUGCAACGUGCAAUGGAAUAUUUCGAUAAAAUAUUUUACCACAAAAUUCAGCUUAACUAUUCCGCUGUACUUUAUUUAUUUUAUGACUCAAAACUUGCUGAAAUCUGUAAAUCAAUUAUAAUAGAAGUGUGCAAUAAUAUUAAGAGAUUGGAUGUGCCAGAUGAUCAAUUCGAAUAUUUGCCCAACCUUGAGAAUGUAAAUAUGGGCACGACUUUGUUUGAAGUCUAUUUAAUACUCAAGCGUUACGUCCAAUUAGGAGAAUCUCUUUGCUCCGAGCCCCUGGAACUGGCCAACUUUUACCCGUGGUUCGAGAGGGGAGUUACCCACUGGCUGGAUAUUUCAAUAAUCAAGGCGUUGAGUCGCAUCCAGAAAGCAAUUGAUUUGGAUCAGCUGAAAGCGGUCGAUGAAACAGUGAAAUACAGCUCCUCGGCUGUGGACACACUUUCCAUAUUCUACCAAAUCAAGAUAUUUUGGCAACAACUUGACUGGCCAGAGGUCGAGGGUUCCUACAUCUUCGUAGCCAAAAUAGUCAAUGACCUUUGUCGCUGCUGCAUAUUUUAUGCUCAACAGAUGUCCCGCAGAGUCGAGAACAUUUUUAUUGCUGAUGAUAACAAUAAAAAUUUCAUUUUGUCGGAGGAGUGGUGCAUAGCGAUAAACAACAUGGAUUAUAUCCGCCAGAGCUUACCUUCAUUCAUAAAGGAACUUAGCAUUGAUGACAUCAUCAAGAGAUUGGGGGAGUAUCGAACUAACUUAGAGGCUGAGAGAUGCGCAAGCACCAUCAAAACUGUCAUUGAAAAUGCAUUGGACACCGAACGCAAUCAGAUUGUUGAGCUCAUAGAGAUUGUGGCAAGGAAAAUGGCACCGCCAAUUAGACGAUACUUGGCCGAAGGUGCUGAGGUGCUCGCCAAGGACUCCAACUCUAUGGAUCAGUUGAUGAUGUACCUGGAAUCCUCAUUGGCCACGCUCUACGACACUCUCAAUGAGAUUAACUUCCAGAGGAUACUAGAUGGCAUUUGGUCGGAGUUAUCCAUUAUUAUGUAUGACCUAAUUCAAUCAAAUCUUGACAAACGUCGACCACCAGCUUUCUUCCAAAAUUUGAACAAUACUCUUCAGACAAUGAUGGACUGCUUUAAAAUGGGCAACCUUCAGACUUCGGACAUAAAAAUAUUGUCUUCAAUUCAAAGUCGACUAAGGCUUUAUUCCCUGGAGACAGCGGAUCUUAUUCAUCAGUAUUACUUGGAGCGUCUAGAAAACCAAAAGAGCCAAGAGUCAUCUCCAUAUGGACAACUUACCGUCACGGCUCAGUUAACUGAUUCCGGCUUAUUGUUAAAUAUCUUAAAUGCUCGCAAUCUGCUGCCAAUGGACUCAAAUGGUUCGGUUGACUCAUUUGUUAAAGCCAGUUUCAUGCCCACAAGUCGAUUCAACGACGUACCCACUGUGAAGACCAACGUGCACAAUAAAAGUUGUUUCCCGCUUUACGAUCAGGAGUUUCGUAUAAACUUGAGUGACCUCCAGCGAAGUGAAAAGAAUAGUCUAAUUGUGUUUAGCAUCAAAGAUAAAGACUUAUUCGGCAUGUCGAGCCAGUAUAUAGCAGAGAGCUAUAUAUCCUUCGCAGAUCUGGAAGCGACACCACCGGGCGAGCAAAUAAUGAUGAAUCUAUCCAGACCAGAGUAUACAGAUUCCGAAUCACUGCGUGCCUUGGAAUACAGACUAGGUGAUAAGCAGGCCAAGGAUUUCCUUAAAAAGCUGAAGAACCGAUCCUUCUCCUGAAUUGCGAAAAGUAAUACGUUGUAAAGAAAAGCAAUAAAACUGUAUUUUUAUAUUCUCUACCGCAGUCGUACUAAAAUUUA